GGCGCGGAGCGGAAUCGGAGCGGAAUCGGAGCGGAAUCGGAGCGGGGGGGAGAUGGUGCGGAAGCUGAAGUACCACGAGCAGAAGCUGCUGCGGCGGCUGGAGCUGGUGAGCUGGGAGGCGGCGGCGGGGAGCUUGGCCGAGGUGAAGGCGCUGCGGCGUUACCGGCUGGGCCGGCGGGAGGAUUACGCGCAGUACAAAGCGCUGGCCCGCGCCAUCCGCGCCUUGGCCCGCCGCCUCCGCGACCUGGGGCCGGGCAGCGCCGCUUUCCGCGCCCGCUGCGCCGCCGCGCUGCUGGAGAAGCUGUACGGGCUGGGGCUGGUGGGCAGCCGGGGGUCGCUGGCCGCCUGCGAGAGCCUCUCGGCCGCCGCCUUCUGCCGCCGGCGCCUGCCCUGCUUGCUGGUGAAGCUGCGGAUGGCCCAGAACCUCCGCCACGCCGUCACCUUCGUGGAGCAGGGCCACGUCCGCGUGGGGCCCGAGGUGGUGACCGACCCGGCUCUCCUCGUCCCCCGCGCCGUGGAGGACUUCAUCACCUGGGUGGACGCUUCUCGCCUCCGGCAGAAGGUGCUCGACUACAACCAGGAGCGCGACGACUUCGACCUGGCCGCCUGAGGGUGCGCUGCCCGCCCCCCCUCGGGACACGCGUGGGAACAGGCGCGCGCCCCCAAACCCCCCCCCCGCGGUGCCGCCCGUCGGGUGUUCACACCCCACCAGCCACACCUGAGUGGGGAGCGAGGAGGGAGCGGUGCUCGCUUCCAGGGACGUGCUGCCACGUUCUUCCACGCGGAGAUGCUGCCCUUCCUCAUCCAUCGCUCCCAGAAAACAUCCGAGAGCCCAGCUCCGUCCUGCUUGCGUCCCGUAAAGCCAAA